CCGGGCGCGCUGCGUGCGCAGCCGGUGGAGUCAUGGAGCGUGCGGGGGAUCGGGGCGCAGCGGGCCGGGCCGGGGAAGCGGGGCGCAGCCUCAGCACCAGCACCACUGCAACUGUCAACGACAGGAGCCAGGGGCUGCACAGGCACUGCUGGCACGGCAGCCAGAACCCGUCCGGAGAAUACCAGGUGAACACUAGUGAUUUCCAUCGCCUGCACCAUGCUGGAUCCAAAAACAGCUUCAGCGAGAGUAACCCUUUCACCGAGAUAGCCAUGACCAGCUGCAAGUAUAAUGGAGGGGUGGUGAGACCCCUCAGUAGCCUCGGCACCUCACACAGGAACCUCCAUGACCUGGACUCGGAGACGCAGCCUCUGCACACCAACUCCGGCUUGGAGGUGGUGGUCUCCAAACCUGACCAGAACAACAUCUCCAACGACAGCUUGGUGAAUGAGGGCAGAAAGUCGCCCAAGAAGUCUCAGAAUAUCGGGCAUAAACUAGGACAUCGAAGAGCCCUGUUUGAGAAAAGGAAGCGGCUCAGUGAUUACGCGCUGAUAUUUGGAAUGUUUGGGAUUGUUGUUAUGGUGACAGAGACAGAGUUGUCAUGGGGAGUUUACACUAAGGCGUCACUAUAUUCCCUCGCACUCAAAUGCCUUAUCAGCCUCUCCACUGUAAUAUUACUGGGUCUCAUUGUUGUCUAUCAUGCUCGUGAGAUUCAGCUCUUCAUGGUGGACAAUGGAGCCGAUGACUGGAGAAUAGCCAUGACGUACGAAAGGAUAUUCUUCAUCUGCUUAGAGCUGUUGGUGUGUGCAAUCCACCCGAUCCCUGGGCAGUACAUCUUCACAUGGACCGCACGCCUAGCCUUCAGCUACACAACGUCAAUGGCCAAUGCAGACGUGGACAUUAUACUUUCCAUCCCCAUGUUUCUAAGACUUUAUCUCAUUGCCAGAGUGAUGUUGCUUCACAGUAAACUAUUUACUGACGCCUCAUCCAGAAGUAUUGGAGCGCUCAACAAGAUAAACUUCAACACCCGCUUUGUCAUGAAGACUCUGAUGACGAUAUGCCCAGGGACUGUGCUCCUGGUCUUUAGUAUCUCCUCCUGGAUUAUUGCUGCCUGGACUGUACGCGUGUGUGAAAGAUACCACGAUAAACAGGAAGUCACCAGCAACUUUUUAGGAGCAAUGUGGCUAAUUUCAAUCACAUUUCUGUCGAUUGGAUAUGGAGACAUGGUGCCUCAUACAUACUGUGGGAAAGGAGUCUGUCUACUAACAGGCAUUAUGGGAGCUGGGUGUACAGCACUCGUGGUCGCAGUGGUUGCACGGAAACUAGAACUCACCAAAGCUGAGAAGCACGUGCACAACUUCAUGAUGGACACACAGCUAACAAAGCGGGUAAAAAACACUGCUGCCAACGUACUCAGGGAAACGUGGCUGAUUUACAAACACACCAAACUGGUAAAGAAGAUCGAUCACGCCAAAGUACGCAAACACCAACGGAAAUUUCUACAAGCCAUUCACCAAUUGAGAGGUGUUAAAAUGGAGCAGAGGAAGUUAAAUGACCAAGCGAACACACUGGUGGAUCUGGCCAAGACACAGAACGUGAUGUAUGACAUCCUGUCGGAGCUGCAGGAAAAGAACGAAGACUUGGAGAAGCGGAUUGUCACGCUGGAGACCAAACUGGACUCGCUGACUGCCAGCCUGCAGGCUUUGCCCGGACUGAUCACCCAGGCCAUUGGCCAGCAGCAGCGAGACUUCUUUGAGACUCAUUUGCACAGGUUUAAACCCGUCACUUACAGCUCGGAGAGGUCAUGGACGCCAACGCGGAGGCGUCGAUCGCCAUCGACAGCACCACAUACAUCUUCUGACAGCAGCUAGGAACUUUCAGAAGUAAAUGAUCUGAUCUCACUUGGCCAUUGUGUGGCUUCCAAUGUUAGCUUUUAUCUAUAAAGCCAUCUCUAUUUAUAAGUUUGGUUUUAGGACACCAGAGUGAUGCUGCGGAUUACCGUUAAUAUUUAAAAGGGUAAAGCAGCUCCCAAGGCUUGUGCCAAGGGGUUUGGGCCAGUAUAUAUAGGUUGAAGCCAUCUCCCUUAAGACCCUUCUUCCUCCUCUCUGAUCCUCCCUUCCCUCUCCUGCCCGCCAAUACACACAACGGUUUUGUCUGUCCAGCAAUGAGCAAUAUAAUCUACCAGCAAGGUUAUCCUUUGCUGUUCAUCCCAGUGCCAUCGUCCAGCCUUGUGCGAGACCUUUACUUUGAGGACCCUCGACUGUGAAUAACUGGGAUUGAUUAGAUGUGGAGUGUGGGAAGAUAGCAUUACUUUGGCAAGAUCCUAGUUUCCCUACUGGAAUCUAUCCCAUUUGCUGGACUCGAUAGGCUUUGGGAAGUACUUGCUUUGGGUGGGAGAUUGUCGCAUGGGCAGUUAGCCAUUGGUUUGUGAGUUCAGUGUUGUGUCAGGACGGCUCUGCUUGUCAAACUGUGGCCCCAGCACCUUGUGUUUGGACUUCCAUAGUAGUGAAUGGGUAAAAGUCCAUUCUAGAGUGGAGCAGAACCAAUGCAGGCCACCCUUGAUCUGUAGAUUGAGUUGAAAAGGACCUUAGCUGAAGGAGGAUCUGCAUACAUCUCAGCACUCCCUAAAUAUUAACCAGGGCUUCUUCUUUCAAUCAUGGACCAAUUGCCAGUGCCCACUGGAUGGAGAAGAGAUGUGAUGUCUCUCAGGCCAAGCCCAAAGAGCCAAUCCACACUGAGUUACAACACUGACAGGAAUUUUCAUUUACUUAACAGCUUUAACAAAACAAAAUACACAAAGGUGCUUCCCUGGGGCAUCAGGAAACAAUCUUUACAUUGACUCACAUAAGGAGAGAUAUGCAGAGCAAGUGACUAGCAGCUUGAUCAAAGAGAAGAAGAAUUGGGUCAAGAGGUUUGGGGAGGAAGUUCCAGAGCCCACAGUCUAGGCACGGCCACCAGCAGUGGAGAGGAUGAUCGAGUGGCCAGAAUUAGAGGAGCAUAGAGACCGCGAUGACUUAAAGGACUGGAAGAGGUCAUGAAGAUGAGGAGUGAGGGGAGGCUUUGGAGGGAUUGGAAAUCAAGGAUGAGGAUUUUCAGAUUGAAGUGUUGUUGGACCAGUAGCUAGCACAAGGGUGGUGGAUGAACAAGUUAGUGAGUACAAAUUAGUUACUACUUGGAGAGUUAGCAAGGGCUUGCCCACAUUUAGUGCACAGGGUGAAACUCAUCUUCAGCAGAUGACUUUCCAUCGUGUCCCUUGGUUUCAAAACAGAGACUGGUUACUUCUGGCUUUCCACUUUCAACAACUGAUUUCCUCACUGUAGUCUUGAGGAAGGAGAAACAGGAAAAAUAACCUGGUUGACAGAUACCGUCUGGAGUUCACAUAAUUGUUUGGUAAGUACUAAUACUUAUUGUUAAGUGCUGCUGGACUUUGUCCCUUUUUAAUAGACUGCAAUAUAUCAACAAGACCAAAGGAAUAGAGAACACAGAUGUCAUAACAACAACAGCAGACUCUUAGACAAUUUGGUAAUCUUGUGCUGGGAUUGCAGGUUAACCAAGACUUUGGUAUGUUCAAUGAUCAGGUAGAGUACAGGUUUAGAAGGAAUCUGCUUGUUGGUCAUCUCCUGGGAGCAGGAGUAAUAAUGUCAACAUGAACAAUGAUUUAUCCCAACUCACUGGUGGUUUUCAGAAGGCUUUGCCCAAAAGGUCUGGAAGGAUUUAAGGAAAAGAAAUGUGCACUAAAGUAGCAUUGGAAUCUAACUGUUAAAAGAAAAUCCUAUUCGGGAAAUUUUAGCCCAUGGGUCCAAGGGCUGUGAGAAAUUGGUUCAUUUUUACUGCAGCAAACUCCAAAUAUCAGUGACAAAAGAAGAAACAAGGAAGCAAGCAUCUGUUUGGGACUCAUCAUAUUCUUAAAAUAGCCAAUUCUUCCUCUAGAGUAGAUGUCCAUCACCCUUCAGCCAUCCAACCCUCACCAGCCCCCAUUCCUCAGCUAACCCAAUGAAAUGGCUGCCCAGCCUGCCCGCACAAAGCAAGGAAGUGAACAUUCUGCCAAUUGUUUCCACACCUUUCCCGCUUCUCUGUCCUACCCUUCCAUCAACUCCUCCCCUUCCAACCAAUCCAAUCUCACCAGCCCUCCCCUAACUUUCCCUAUUACUGGGACCACCUUAUUACCCAACAUCUCAUCCUCCCCACCCCCUCUUUCCCUCUUCCCUCACUUCAUCCUAUCCCAUACCUUCAUUCCUACUCUUUCCCCACCACCCUACCUCUCCAACGUCCCUCUCCCCGUCACGCCAGCUUCUCUCCCUAAUCCUCUUCAUUCCCCGUCUCCUACUCCAAUCAGUGCUACAGCCUCCAUUGAUACUGGCAUGAAGGUAUUCUGGCCCUGCUGUCAAUCAGUCCAUUGUGGACCGAUUAAAACUCAAAUUGGCAUGCAGCUGGGGUCAGAAGUAAACCAAUAGAAAAUUGCCUCCUACAAAAUGUCAAUGCUCAAUAAAGUCCCAAAUGUCUGACUAACUGGCUCAGUGUGUUUACUGCCUUACCCGAGAAUGUGUGUACUGGUAUAGAAGACUAAAACCCAAUGACAGUGACUUCCAUUGAUAAGUUUUACCAAAUCAAUUUAUUUUUUAAUAACUGGGUGCUUAUUUGAUUUAAGGGGGAAAAUAAAGCCCACACAAUGUUCCAGAAAAGAACCUGUGCCCAGAGACACAUACAUCACAUUAGUGAGGUCACUGGGAUCAGGUCAAUGCCAUCACCAUGCAAGGAGUAUAUUCUUAGCUCUAAUUUCUUUCAGUGAGAGUAAAGUGGGAAUGUGCAAUUUUAUUUUAAGGGAUUAAGAAACUGUAAUCACUUAAUAACUGCCACUUUUAUUUGUAUAGCAUUGCAAAUUAUCCCAUGAUAUUACAUCAAACAGCAUUUGACGUUGAGCUAUAUAUUAAGACAGAUGACCAAAAGCUUGGACAUGAGAGCUAGGUUUUAAGGAGUAUCUUAAAGAAGGAAAGAAAAGAAAUGUUCAGGGCUGGAAAUCCAGAGCUUAUAACCUCGGCACCUGAAGGUACGGCCGCCAGUGGGAGAGAGGUGGAAAUUGGGAAUAAUCGGACUUGUAGUUUUGGAAGAUGUUACUGAGAUGGGAAGGGAGGAUUUGAAUACAAGGAUGAGAAUUGUAAAGCA